AUGGGUGUACUUGAUAUAGUUCCAACAGGUGUUUUGACCGGUGAUAAUGUGUUGAAAUUAUUUACUUAUGCUCGAGAGCAUCAAUUUGCUAUUCCAGCUAUUAAUGUCACGUCAUCGUCAGCAAUCAACGCUGUUCUUGAAGCCGCUCGCGAUGCUAAAUCGCCAGUUAUCAUUCAAAUUUCUCAAGGUGGUGCGCAAUUCUUUGCUGGUAAAGGUUUAAACAAUGAUGGACAAGCUGCGAGUAUCCUAGGCGCAAUUGCUGCUGCACAUCAUGCUCGUACUGUUGCGAAACAUUAUGGUGUACCCGUCGUUUUACAUAGUGAUCAUUGUGCGAAGAAAUUAGAACCAUGGUUUGUUGGUAUGCUCGAAGCCGAUGAAGCUUAUUUCAAAGAACAUGGUGAACCGUUGUUCAGCUCUCAUAUGCUCGAUUUCUCCGAAGAAACCAAAGAGAAUAACAUUGCUGCUUGUAAGAAAUAUUUAACUCAUAAACAAUGGUUCGUUCAAUGUGAUUGGUUCAACUUCGGAAUCAGUCAAUUAGCUACUUUAUACACAAUUCCAAUAUCAAUUAUCAAUCAUUUCAUUGUAAAUGUUACUCAUUUAAAGUUGAAUCUUCCAUUAGGAAAUCAGUUUUGGUUGUCAUUUCCAUCGUUUGAUCGAUUAAUAUCGUUAGAAAUUACAUUUAUUGAACGAUCGAUUUACAUUUCAUUCCAAAUUUUACUCGAUCGAUCAUCUCGACUUCAAUCGAUCUGUUUCAGUAAAUGUUCUGAUAUGGAAUUUGUAUCGAAAUUAACAAGUCAAUCGGUUCGUCGAUUAGAUUUUUUAACUAAAAAUGUUUACAAAAAAUAUUUUACAAAACAACAAUGCUCAACUUUACGUCAUUCCUCACUUGGAUCUCAAUGCAAAUCACUUCUAAUUCCCGUCGAAAGUCGAACGGAUGUGAUUUAUCUAGUGAAAUCUCUUCCGAAUCUUCACUCGUUGACUUUCCAAUGCAAAGAUGAUCCGUUUGACGACGGAUUUCUCCAUUGGUUUCAUCGACAUUUACCUUCUACAUGUUCAAUCGAUCGAGAUGCGAAUCAAACAUCACAUAUUCGUUUAUGGAUUCGUUAA